CGGCCAUCGCGAUUACGUCAUCAAACCGGAGGGGAGGGUCCAUCUUGACGCUCGCAUCGCAUCACUUGGGUCACGAAUUCAUAUUAACACUCUCACGACAGUACACACACCUUUCAAUUAGCUUUUGAGCUACAACCACCACCUCGAAGGUAGCUCACCAGACUAUACGGUAAUCGUGCCAAACGUACUGGAGUGAGAAGGGCACGUACCGAAUUCGAAAAAGAGCAUCAGACUAUCGCUAGUCGGACCGAAUCGAUACGGUCUCUUGCCGUGUACAAGAAACGCCUUCCCGAUGCUCUACCUGUGGAUCGCAAGGCAUGGACUCACCCAGCACAAUGUCGACGGUAUCAUUCAAGGUCACUACGAUACGGACCUCAACGAGGAAGGGCGAUGGCAGGCGAAACUUUUGGCAGAGUACCUCUUCGAACAGAAUUACCGAUUCGACUACAUCCUGACUUCGCCCCUCAAAAGAGCUCGAGAUACGGCGCUGGAAGUAUACAAAAGACAACCUCAGGCGAAGUUUCGUAUUCAUCCGGACUUGAUCGAACGAGACAUGGGCGCCUGGAACAACCACAAAGUGGUCCGACCCAAGAUAGUCAAACCGGUCGAAAUGCAACAUAAAGAGGCAGUGGACGAUGUAGGGGCCAACGAUGCUCCUAAAGCGGACGGUUCCCUUGGACUUGUCAAAAUCGAGGAAAAGGUCAAGGUGAAGGAGAGGGGUCGAUCGCACAGGCAGGUUGCGCAGGAGCAGCAGGGAUCGCAAGAGACGGAGCAGAAAGAGAGAAAGGCUGCCGAGCAGAAACAACAUCAGGAGAUCGUGUCGAUGAUGGGCCGAGCUGGAGUGAAAGAUCCGCGAGAAGAGUCGCAUGUGGGAGGUGCGGCAAGAGCUGGGUCGAGCAGCAAGCACGAAUCAAAGGUUGUCCAAGGGUCGAGCUCGAACGGACAUCGCCGUGAGAAGGAAAAGCAAUCGGCCGAGAGAUCUGAAGACAAGGAGAAAGACGAUAGGAAAAUAACCAAGCCGAGUCGACCCCGAAGACCUGAAGUACCUGGAAUGGAAAAGCGCGAAGAUCUGCUAUAUCGAUGUGCAGUUUGGGCUGAUUCGGUCGUCGAGGCUGGCCUGGACAGGUCGUGGUCGGCCAGAAAGGAUGUCCACAUCUUGGCCGUCUCGCAUGGAGCGUUCAUUUCCUGUCUGCUCGAUGCGCUGACUUCUCCGAGAGACAAGGGAGGAUUCUUCGGCUUCACUCUCGACGGACCCAGCGAUCGUCACUGUUACAACACGUCCAUGUCCGUCGUUGAAAUCGAUUUCAACAGGGAGGGCGAGUUUCUGGCCAACAAUUGGGUGCCUCACCUGGAGCCCAAGGCCACCAAGGUCAAUCCCGACGAUUUCGCACAGUAGACCCAGACGAUCUCGUACAGUAGAUGCAUGGUCAUGAUGGACGGUCAUGAAUGUUAAAUAGCGGCU